AUUGCAGAUGGAAUGACAGUAGAAGUUCGCACUGUUAAUCUGCUGCUUGAGACUCAUGGGGGUGCUCGACGCCAAGGUGGAGCAACAUGGGCAUCACCUAUGGCAUCCAUCACUAUUCGAAACCUUUUGCUCUAUACCACAAAUGAAAAUUGGCAGGUGGUAAAUCUUAAGGAAGCGAGGGACUUCUCGAGUGACAAGAAAUUCAUUUAUGUCUUCAAAAAACUUGAAUGGGAAUAUUUAUCUAUCGACCUCCUGCCUCAUCCUGAUAUGUUCACGGAGGCUCAUUUUGCAAGCUCUCUGGACGGAUCUAAUAGGAAGGAUGAUGAUGGUGCCAAGAGAGUAUUCUUUGGUGGGGAGCGGUUCAUUGAAGGAAUAUCGGGAGAGGCUUAUAUCACUAUACAGAGGACAGAUCUAAAUAAUCCACUGGGGCUUGAGGUUCAGCUACAUAUUACAGAAGCCAUUUGUCCUGCUUUAAGUGAACCUGGAUUGCGAGCUCUUCUCCGCUUUUUGACGGGGUUAUAUGUUUGUCUUAACAGAGGAGAUGUGAAUCCAAAUGCUCAACAGCGUUCGUCAGAAGCAGCUGGACGUUCUCUAGUUUCUAUUGUUGUGGAUCACAUAUUUCUUCGCAUUAAGGAUAGUGAGUUCCAGCUUGAAUUUUUAAUGCAGUCACUUUUCCUUUCUCGGGCUAGUGUUUCUGACGGAGAAAAUGCCAAAUAUUUAACUCGGGUUAUGAUUGGUGGCCUAUUUUUAAGGGAUACUUUUUCACGCCCUCCGUGCACCUUAGUGCAACCAUCAAUGCAAGCUGCUACUGUAGAGGCUCUUCAUAUUCCAGACUUUGGUGAGAACUUCUGUCCUCCAAUAUACCCGCUUGGAGACCAGCAGUGGAAAUCAAAUGAGGGUGUUCCUCUAAUAUGCCUCCAUUCUUUUCAGUUUAAACCCUCGCCUGCUCCACCAUCUUUUGCUUCACAAACAGUCAUUGACUGUCAGCCUCUUAUGAUUUAUCUUCAGGAAGAAUCAUGCCUGAGGAUAUCUUCCUUCUUAUCUGAUGGAAUCGUAGUAAAUCCUGGUGAUAUUUUGCCGGAUUUUUCAGUAAACUCUCUCGUAUUUAAUCUCAAAGGAUUAGAUAUUACUGUGCCACUGGACAUGGAAAAGCCAAGCUAUCCUCUUGGCUGUGGCAAUAUUAAUUUUCAGAGUUCCUUUUCUGGAGCAAGACUUCAUAUUAAGGACUUGUUCUUUUCUGAAUCACCUUUCUUAAGACUAAGUCUACUGAACCUUGAGAAGGAUCCUGCAUGCUUCUGUCUGUGGGACGGUCAACCAGUUGAUGCCAGCCAGAAGAAAUGGACACUUGGUGCUUCUCUCAUCAGUUUGUCCCUGGAAACCUGUAAGGACUCAACUGAAGUUCAUAGUUCUCUUAUCAGGUCUUCAGGUUUGUGGAGAUGUGUUGAACUGACCGGUGUCCGUAUGGAGGUGGCAAUGGCAACUGCAGAUGGGAGCCCAUUAAUUGAUGUUCCUCCUCCAGGUGGUGUUGUUAGAGUUGGAGUUGCUUGUCAACAAUAUUUGUCUAACACUUCUGUUGAACAGUUGUUUUUUGUGUUGGAUCUCUAUGUUUAUCUUGGCAUUGUGAGUGAAAAGAUAGCCGUAGUUGGAAAAGAUAGGCGAUCAAAGAAAACAAGAGAUGAAUCUAUGGGAGAAAAACUGAUUGAAAAGGUUCCUGGUGAUACUGCUGUGACCUUAGCAGUGAUGGACCUCCAGCUAAGGUUUCUCGAACCUUCCUCCAUGGACUUACAGGGGAUGCCUCUAGUUCAGUUUGUUGGAGAAGAUUUGUUUGUCAAAGUUGCUCAUAGAACCUUAGGUGGUGCAAUAGCUAUUUCAUCCAGUUUGCGGUGGGAGAGCGUUGAGGUGGACUGUGCUGACGACAAUGCAAACUUGGUAACAGAGAAUGGUAUGGUGCCGAUUUCUGUUGAAAAUGGUCUUCUGGCUGGGAAUGGAUACCCUCAACUGAGAUCAGUCUUUUGGGUGCAAAACAAAAGGAACCACCAAUCAGAUGCCCUUUCUGUCUCGUUUCCGUUUUUGGACAUAAGUAUGGUGCAUGUGAUUCCAUACAGCGUUAGGGAUAUGGAGUGUCAUAGUUUGAGUGUGUCAGCCAGCAUUGCUGGUGUACGUCUUGGGGGAGACAUGAAUUAUGCUGAAGCUCUGCUGCAUCGAUUUGGAAUUCUUGGGCCGGAUGGUGGUCCUGGGGAGGGGCUUUCUAAAGGGUUAGAGCAUUUAUCUGCAGGGCCUUUGGCAAAACUCUUUAAAGCUUCACCUGCAAUUGUGAAUGGGCUCCAAGAGAAUGAAAGCUCAGCAGAUAAGAAAGACAGUGGUUUCUUGCAGUUGGGUACACCUGAUGAUGUUGACGUAUCAAUAGAAUUGAAAAAUUGGUUAUUUGCACUUGAAGGUGAACAGGAGAUGACAGAAAGCUGGAGGUCCUGCAAUUAUGAAUAUUCGGACAGAGAAGAGAGGUGCUGGCACACAACUUUUCGCAGUUUGCUAGUGAAAGCGAAAAGCAGCUCAAAGCACAUGAUGAAUGGCAAUGGAAGAUCAGAUGGAACACAAAAAUCUCCCAUUGAAGUGGUCAUAGUUGGUGUGGAAGGCUUACAGAUCUUAAAGCCCAAGGCCCGAAAGAGCCUCCUGCUAGAUGACAUACCUGCAAAAGGGCUCAAAUCAGAUAUUGCGACAUGUGGUGGGAUAAAUCUUGAAGUUGAUAUUGUGAUUUCGGAGGAUGACGACGAUGAAGUCAUGGUCAAGUGGGUGGUUGAAAAUUUAAAAUUUUCUGUGAAACAGCCGGUAACACAAUUUAACUAGUUGAGUAUUUAAGUAUCUUCUGUUGUCAGUAAAAUGGCAUGUUGCAAUGAUAUUUUCUCUGCAGAUUGAGGUUGUUGUGACAAAGGAUGAGCUGCAACACCUUGCCCUUUUGUGCAAGUCUGAAGUUGACUCGAUGGGUCGAAUAGCUGCUGGAGUUCUGCGGGUGCUUAAGCUGGAAGGUUCUGUUGGCCAAGCUGCGAUAAAUCAACUAAGCAACCUUGGAAGUGAGGGCUUUGACAAAAUUUUCACCCCCGAAAGGAUCAGUAGGGAUAGUAGUUCUUGCAGUAUUGGGCUUGGUGCACACUCUGAUGUGAAUGGUGAGAAGCCCCAUUUACGUUGUGAAUCGACUGUGGCUUCACUUGAAGAGGUGGUGUUGGAAUCACAGGCCAAAUGCGCAGCUCUCACUGCUGAAUUAGGUAGUUCAGAAUCUUCCGCACACCACUUUGAUAAUAUUAGGCAACUCACUCAGAAACUUGAGCAUGUGCAGAGGCUAUUGAAGCAAUUGCGGACUCAAAUUUAAUGGUUUUUUCUUCUCUGUUGUAUGAUAUUGGGAUAGAAAGGAUCCCAAACAUAUACUUUGGCCAUUGUUUCUGUAAAUAUUCUAUAAUUACAAAUACAUGUUGAGUGUAUAUACCGGUCAUCAGGCAUAUGUGAGAAGCAAUCAUAUGCCUGAGUGGAAGUUUUGUAUCCAAACAGUUACAUUUAAUCAUCAUAAAGUAUAAAAAGAUGUAUGUUUU